AUUCCCAGCGCCACGGCAGAAUCAACCAGAGUGGGAAUGAGAUUCAGCUAAGUACACGAGAGCGUCGUACCUGGUUAAAGGAGCCGAGGACCGUGACAGCUGCCGUUAAAGUCAACGCUCUGACACGGAGAAGGGAGAGCACAGCCGUGCGAGCAGAAGAAAAGAAACAUCAUUUAAAGUGAGUUUGUGUUGGAAGAACAACCGAGAGGAUCUACUAAGUGGACACGAGACGUGAGUGGGACCUUGGCAGAUGUAACAUGACAUCGAUUAAGGAUGAUUAAAUUGCGGGGAUGUUAAAAAAAAUGAUGAAAACAAUAUUGCCACAGUAAAGAGUGAGUUCGGGGCAAACAGGAAUGGCUUGAUUUCUCACCCCGGGGAGAGCGGUGGGACAACACAGUCAGAGGCGCUCAUGUUUCUGUGGAAGAGAAAGAAAGUUUGCAGCGCUUCACUCGGAUACAAGUCUACUUUCUGCGAGGCAUUGCUGCUGUGACUGUUAACUCAUCCCAGUGGCAGAGCCCCGCGCCUGCUUUUUGGUGUCGGCUCUUAACUGUUCACAAUGUCCAAACCCGUGCUUAAGAAAAAUCACUGGACUUCCAGAGUGAACGAGUGCUCAGUCUCCAAAGAUGCCCGUGGAGACUUGAAUGUGCAGCUGCGCGGCGGCGCGGAGAAUGGAGAGUUCGCCUACAUCGGGCAAAUUAACGAGGAUGUCAUGGUUUACAAAAGUGGGAAAUUAAGUGAAGGGGAACUGCUGCUGGAGGUGGAGAACCUGUCGAUUUCGGGAUUACCCUUGUACGACGUGCAGACAGUGAUAAAGAACUGCAAAGGUCCCGUCAGGUUGAAAACUGUCAGGCAAGGAAGCAAGCUUAACAAGGACCUGAAGCAUUAUCUGAGCCAGCGCUUCCAGAAGUCCUCGCCUGAUCACGAACUGCAGCAAACCAUCCGAGACAACCUCUACCGUCACGCCGUGCCUUGUACAACCCGCGCCCCACGUGAAGGAGAAGUUAGUGGUGUGGACUACAACUUCCUCUCAGUGGAGGACUUCCUGGAAUUGGAGAAGAGUGGGACCCUGUUGGAGAUAGGAACAUAUGAAGGUAACUAUUAUGGGACGCCCAAGCCGCCGGUGCAGCCCCCCGGUGGGAAAGUGAUUAGCAGUAGCGGUAGCGGCGGUGAUGCCCCACUGCCAGACGGGCUCAGCAGUAGCCUGCCGGGCUCGCAGCACUCAACUCCCCGACGUACCAAGUCCUACAAUGACAUGCACAAUGCUGGAAUAGUGCCUGGAGAGCAGCAGCAGGAGGACGACGAGGACCUCCCUGACAUGAACAGUAGCUUUACAGGAGACUCUAGUGAAUUAGACGAGAUUCAUCACUCGGUGCGCCCCUUCGCCCCCCACCAGAGUGACCCGUCCUACGCUGGGACAACCCCCUCACCACCGGCCACCACGGAGAGCACACAGCAGACACACUCUCACCUGAGCCAUCCUCCCACGGAGGACCCACUGGGACCUCUGCCUGACAACUGGGAGAUGGCCUACACCGAGAACGGAGAGGUCUACUUUAUAGACCACAAUACAAAAACCACCUCCUGGAUAGACCCUCGGUGCCUGGACAAGCCUCAGAAACCCCUGGAAGAAUGUGAAGACGAUGAAGGGGUACAUACAGAGGAGCUGGACAAUGACUUAGAACUUCCACCAGGAUGGGAGAAGAUAGACGAUCCAGUGUAUGGGGUCUACUAUGUUGAUCAUAUCAACAGGAAGACCCAGUAUGAGAAUCCAGUGCUGGAGGCUAAGAGGCGCAGGCAGCUGGAACAGCAGCAGCCUCAGCAGCCUCAGCCCCAAAGCCAGCAGCCACCAGAAGGUGAGCGCUACAUCCGAGAAUGGAUUGAGGACUCGACAUUGGCCGGGGCCCCUCUGGCCAACUAUGCUGCCAACCACCAGGAGACCUACAGGGACCCUCAGACAGGACCCACAGUGCCCAACGCGAUGGGACAAAAACGAGGGAAGCCUUUCUUUACUCGGAACCGAUCCGAGUUGAAGGGGACUUUCAUCAACACCAAGCUGAAAAAGAGUCGUCGGGGGUUCGGUUUCACUGUCGUUGGAGGUGACGAGCCAGACGAGUUCCUGCAGAUAAAGAGCCUGGUCUUAGAUGGACCUGCUGCCCUUGAUGGCAAGAUGGAGACAGGUGAUGUGAUCGUGAGCGUCAAUGAUACAUGUGUGUUAGGCUACACCCACGCCCAAGUUGUCAAGAUCUUCCAGUCCAUCCCGAUUGGCUCCAUGGUCAACUUGGAGCUGUGCCGUGGCUACCCACUGCCCUUUGACCCCGACGACCCCAACACCAGCCUGGUUACCUCAGUGGCUAUUCUCGACAACAAAGAGCCCAUCAUUGUCAACGGCCAGGAGGCUCCCAACAGCUACGACUCGCCGUCCAGCCACAGCAGUCAGAACAACAACAACGGCUCGACCAACGGUGGGGCACCCCUCAACGGCCUCCCCCGGCCCCACAGCCCCUCUGCUGAGGUGGCCUCUGAUACCUCUUCCCAGCACGGCUACCCCAGCGAUGUGGUCACCCUGGCCUCAUCCAUCGCCACACAACCAGAGCUCAUCACUGUACACAUGGAGAAAGGAGACAAGGGCUUUGGCUUCACCAUCGCCGACAGUCCUGGAGGCGGAGGGCAGAGAGUGAAGCAGAUCGUGGACUACCCUCGCUGCCGCGGCCUCAAGGAGGGGGACAUCAUUGUGGAGGUGAACAAGAGGAACGUGCAGAGCAUGUCUCACAACCAGGUGGUCGAUCUGCUCAGCAAGUGUCCCAAAGGCAGCGAGGUCACCAUGCUGGUGCAAAGAGGAGUGGCUCCCGCAAAGAAGAGCCCGAAACUGCAGUUAUCAAGGAAGGACAGUCAGAACAGCUCCCAGCAUAGCGUUUCCAGCCACCGGAGCACCCACACAGACUCGCCCGUACACCCGUCCCUGGCACCCCCUCUCAGCGAGAGCGCCGCUCCCCCGCCCCCCUCUCAGCCCCUGCCAGGCCUGCCGCCCCAGGAGUCCGGGGCAGACGGGACCAUCCAGAGAAAGCCGGAUCCCUUUAAGAUCUGGGCCCAGUCCAGGAGCAUGUAUGAAAGUAGGCUUCCAGACUUCCAGGAGCAGGACAUUUUCCUGUGGAGGAAGGACACAGGGUUCGGCUUCAGGAUCCUCGGAGGCAACGAGCCAGGAGAGCCGAUCUACAUCGGCCACAUAGUGAAGUACGGUGCUGCAGAUGAGGACGGACGCCUGCGGUCCGGCGAUGAGCUGAUAUGCGUGGACGGCACAGCGGUGGUGGGCAAGUCGCACCAACUGGUGGUGCAGCUGAUGCAGCAGGCGGCCAAGCAGGGCCACGUCAACCUCACUGUGCGACGCAAAACCAGCUACGCCGUUAAAGCAGAGGGAGACGUGCCUCCAUCGCCGGCGUCCUCCCACCACAGCAGCACCCAGGCACCCAGCCUGACAGAGGAGAUAGGCAAGCGCACCCCGCAGGGCAGCCAGAACUCCCUCAACACCGUCAGCUCUGGCAGCGGCUCCACCUCUGGCAUCGGCAGCGGGGGAGGAGGCGGAGGCGCGGGGGGCAGCGGCAACGCCGUGGUCGCCGCUGCGGCUGCCACCAUCUCUUCUCAGCCCCCCAACGCCGCCUCCGCCGUCUCCUCCUCCACCCUGCAGCCCUAUGAUGUAGAAAUUCGCCGCGGCGAGAACGAAGGUUUCGGCUUUGUCAUCGUCUCGUCCGUGUCACGACCUGAAGCUGGCACCACCUUCGCUGGCAAUGCAUGUGUGGCCAUGCCCCACAAAAUAGGGCGCAUCAUCGAGGGGAGCCCGGCAGACCGCUGCGGGAAGCUGAAAGUGGGCGACCGCAUCCUGGCCGUGAACGGGUGCUCCAUCACCAACAAGUCCCACUCUGACAUCGUCAACCUCAUCAAGGAGGCCGGGAACACGGUCACACUACGCAUCAUUCCCGGAGACGAGUCAUCAAAUGCAUCUUUGUUGACCAAUGCAGAGAAGAUCGCCACUAUAACCACCACCCACACACCUCAGCAACAGGCUGCACCCGAGGCCAGGAACAACACCAAACCAAAACAAGAAUCCUUUGAAUUCAAACCCCCGCAGGGCCCUCCUCCCCAGCCCCCAACACAAGUCUCAGCUCAGGAUGCUGAGUUCUACUCAGUGGACCUGGAGCGAGACAACAAAGGCUUUGGCUUCAGCCUGCGGGGAGGCAGAGAAUACAACAUGGACCUGUACGUGCUGAGGCUAGCUGAGGACGGAGCAGCUGUCCGCAACGGAAAGAUGAGGGUCGGCGACGAAAUCUUGGAGAUCAACGGCGAGAGCACCAAGGGCAUGAAGCACGCGCGAGCCAUCGAGCUCAUCAAAAGCGGAGGCCGGCGCGCCCACCUGGUGCUCAAGAGGGGUGACGGCUCGGUGCCUGAAUAUGACGGCAGCCCCAACGACAGCAGCACAGCCAACCCAGCCUCAGGGUUACAAAACGCUGCGGAAGUGAGCACCCUGCCCCCAACCAACGCGCCAUCGGAGUCAAGCUACCCACCAGAAACUCACCAACCAUCCCGGAGCAAGAAGGAGCCGAGCCACAACUCCACUGGCACCGGCAAGCACCGCCAUUCCAACCACCGCCACCGCUCCCCUCACAAGAAAACCAGCACGGGAAAACACAAGGGGAGAAAGUCCACGGGGAAGGACUUGUCCAAGCUGCUCAAAAAGAAGGAUGAUAAGGGAAGUGACGGCCAACGCCACCAUUCCAGUGGACACCACCGUAGCCGCCACCGUUCGCCUGACAAGCGGCAUGGCAGGUCGCGCAGCGCAGAGAACACCCUGGAUAGACGUCAUGGGGGGCACCACCGUCACGGCCGCUCUCCCAACAGACGCCACGGUCACCACUCCCCCUCUCACCACCGCCACCGCUCUCCCUACCGCUCUCCCUACCGCUCGCCUCACCGCCACAGGUCCCCCCACCGGUCUCGGCACCACUCCCCAACCAGACGUCACGCCCACUCCUCAGACAUACCGCCGGUACACCUCCCCAGAGAGACAGAACCGCAGCAACGAGAAGCCCAACGGGAAGAGGCCGUAUUGAAGGAGCCCCCAAAGUCUCCUGAACCCAGCCUCCCUUUUGAGGACAGCAUCCUCCGUGAGCCCCCAGCCCUGGACCGCCUGAACAGGGAGGCCAUGCUUCCACCCUUGCGCAGGGAGGAGCGCCUGUUUGGGGAGGACAGCCUGCUGAUGAGAGCUUCUUCCAUGGAGAGAGCCUACAGGGGGGACAGCCUGCUGAGGGACGUGGCUUCCCGGGACCUGAGAGACGCCUACAGAGACACCACCCUGCCCAGAGUGCGCACCCCGGAAUCCGAUUCGGCCUACAAGAGGUACAGCUCACUGCUGAGGGGGCGCUCACCUGAGAGGGUGGAGAGGAACGGGCGCUAUGCCAGCCGAGGUAGUUCCCCCGAGCCGACGUACCGAGCCCGCAGCCUGGGACGAGACAUCUCCCCGAUCAGGAACUCCAGGAGAGACGACUCGGAGGAUGAAGAGGAUGAUGACAAUUUCAUAGCAGCCAAGGUGAGGGAGUACUACAGCACGCUCAAGACCAACACCAGUCAGUCGUCCAAGCCCACGCUCCCUGAGCCCAAGAAGACCUACAAGGGGAACCCCAAAGACCUGAGCAUCUGAUUGGACAGCUGUCAGCCAAUCACAGCAACCACCCACAGAACACCUCAAGUACUCACUCCCAGUAUCACUUGGUUUUACAGAAAUGUACCCAGCUGUGUACACACACACACAUACACAAACAUAGACAACAUACAUACACUAACACAAACAUUAUGUAACAAUGUUGAGUUACUAACAAGACAGUGAUUCCAAAAUGACUUUUGAAAGCUGUUUUUUUUCCUUUCUUUUCUUUUUUUAAUUGUACGUUUUAUUUUAUUUUUUUCUUGUUUUUUGGUUAAGCAUUCUACAUUUACAGUAACUCAGACUUUUCCAGAAAAUGUAAAACCAUAAAAAACAAUGAUGUGCCUAACAGUUCCAUUAAUGAGCGACAUUUUGUUUUUGAUUUGAUAUGUGGCGGGCGCUUUGUGCCGCACUGUCAGAUGAUGAAAUGUAUGUACUUUUCCACAAGGAUCCCAUGGAAGUACCGCGCACCUGGAUCACUGUAACCGGUGCUCACAAUGAUGCUGUGCAUGUCUUUACCGGUUUCAAUGUCUCUUUCUUUCUCUCUCUCUCUCGCUCUUUCUCUUUCCCGCCUUCAUUCUCUCUCUCUUUCUCUCACUCUUUCUCUGUCUCUCUCUUUCUCUCCCCAGUGCCACUGUUUUUUAGACAUUUGACCAGACUAUAGCACAAGCCUGCAUUUGUUUGUAUAUUUUUGACAGUUUGCAGUAUGUGUACAUUCAGAGGUGAUCAUUUUAAAUGAAUGAAGGGGAAAUUAAAAGUUAAACUAUGAUGAUGAUGAUGUUAAAAUAAAAUAAUAUAUUCAACAAAUGAACAAGUGUGUGGUU